AUGUCCGCAAACAUGUCCAACGCUCUCAGACCUCGCUUCUUCGUUGUCCGACCCGAUGAUCAGAGAAUGGUGCCCCUUAUUGCCGUGGACGAGCUUCCUCCUUUUGUCAUGAUCCAAGGUGUCCCAAGGGCCCUCGCAGCAACUGAAAUCACCGGAAUGAUCUCUGUCGGUGCCUACGAACUGCGUGACACUCAACAUGUUGUGGAAGGCGUCUAUGCCAACAAACCACCAAGUCCUGAACGUCCUUCUGUCCCAAAAAGUCCUGGCCAGCAAGCACUUCCUCUUGUCUCCAGCAGCCCGACCCCAAGCACCAAGAUCACCAAUUCCAACAAGGUCGAAUCGACUGCCACCAGCAUAACCCCAGGUACCAAGAUCUACUGUGAUCAUUGGAUUGCAACUGGUGCUUGUUCAUUUGUCCAGAAAGGCUGCCACUACAAGCAUGAAAUGCCAUUGACCCGCGAGGCUCUUGCGGCAAUUGGCCAGCCGGACAUCCCAGCGUGGUACCGCCGAAGCUAUGGCGUUGCCUCAUUGAACCUUGCGCCUGGCAUGACAACUCCAAGCUACAGCAUCAGUGAUUCCCGGGCACAUCACAGCAACAACUGGCGAAACUCCCAGAGCCAAGGAGGCCGUGAGCACAACGCAGGCUCUCCUGGCCGCCGCCCAUUUGCCGCCGCCCGUGGUCCUCGUGGUCAAGGACGCCAAUACAACAAGCCAAACAUGCCCGCCAACGAAGUGAACACUGAAGAGGCACGCAGAGCAACCACGGCAGCCAAAGAACUGGACCGUGAGGCAGAGAAACGUCGCCAGGCAAUGCAGGCCAAGUACAAGUCGUUGUCACCAGACCGCAACUCGGUCUUCACACACGACCCCGAUUUCAACAGCGGCUUCGACAGCGAGGCGGAGUGCAGCAGCCUGAUGAGCGACCAAGACCGAUACGACACCAUGUCAGAUGCCACUUUCGAAGCUGAACAGCUAGACCGUGUUCGCCGUGUUCAUGCUUCCCGUUCUGCUUCCGCCAAUGCCUCGGCCUCGGCUUCUGCGUCUGCGUCUGCUUCUGAGGCCUCCUCCGGCUUGUCUACUGUUCGCGGAAAGGGCCAGAUGGGUCGACGAGUUGGAAAGAACAGCAGACCUCGGGGUGUUCGUGGCGGAAGAAAGCACGCCAGGAACAGCUCUGGCAAUGCCAGUGCGGACGGAAGUGGUCGUGAUGGCGGACCCGGAAGGGCGCCAGCCAGAGAUAUGAGAAAGGUUGUGGCGGACAAGGCCGUUGUUCAGUGA